AUGACCGCCGGCCCGCGCGUCAUUUACUGGUUCCGGACCGACCUCCGCUUGCACGACUCGCCCGCCCUUGCGGCCGCCCUCGCCCUCGAUCCGGCCGUCCUCUGGCCCAUCUUCACAUGGGAUCCGCACUAUGUCUACCGCGCCCGUGGGGGCCUGAACCGGUGGCAGUUUCUACUAGAUUGCCAGAACGACCUGUCAGAGAGCAUCACCAAGCUGAACCCCCGGUCUAAGCUGUUCGUGCUGCGCGAGGGCCCGCAGACACUUUUCCCCAAGCUCUUCAGGGCGUGGAAGGUGACGCACCUAGUCUUUGAAAAGGACACGGACGUGUACGCGCGCGAGAGGGAUGAGGUCGUUAUGAAGGCCGCCAGGGAGGCGGAUGUCGAGGUCAUCGUCAGGAGCGGGCGGACGCUGUGGGAUAGCGACGCCGUCGUCGCGAAGCAUGGCGGCAAGCCGACCGUGUCUAUAUCGCAGCUGCAGGCGGCCGGCGCCAAGGUCGGGCCCAUCACGAAGCCGAUCCCCGCGCCGGAGAGGCUGCCGGAUCCCGGCGAGGUGCCGGUGGACUUUGAGCAGACGCCGCCCGAGACGAGGCCCGACUUCAACGCGGGGCAGCGGACGGAAGGGGACGCGGCCUACAAGAAGAUUGCGGGCCCGAACGGGGAUUUUGCGGUUGAGACCAUGGAAGAGCUGGGUUUCCCGUCAGCCACUACGCCGCACAGGGGCGGGGAGACGCGAGCACUCAGGUUGCUCGAGGGGAUCUUGGCAGACAAGAAGUACACCGCCACGUUCGAGAAGCCAAAGACGAGCCCCGCGGCGUUCGAGCCGCAGUCGACGACCUUCAUGUCACCCUUCUUGCACUUUGGGGCGCUGUCGGUGCGCGAGUUCUACUGGAGGGUGCAGGACGUCGUGUCCAAGUACGGGAAGGGGGCGUCAAAGGUACCGGAGAGCUUGAUAGGGCAGCUGCUGUUCCGCGACAUGUACUUCGCGGCGCACGCUGCGCUGGGCUACAAUUUCACGCAGACAGCCAACAACCCCUACUGCCGCUUCAUCCCGUGGCACCUACCGUCCAAGGUCAAUGCGAAGACGGGUCUUGUCACCGGAGAGUACCACAUCGACUCGGAGCAGGCGGACGAGUGGUUCCGGCGGUGGAAGUACGGGAUGACGGGGUUUCCGUGGAUCGACGCGCUGAUGCGGCAGCUGCGAGAGGAAGGCUGGAUUCACCACUUGGGCCGCCACGCGGUCGCCUGCUUCCUGACGCGAGGAGGGUGCUACAUCGACUGGGAGCGUGGCUGCGAGGUGUUUGAGGAGUGGCUGCUCGACCACGAGCCUGCGUGCAACGCAGGAAACUGGCAGUGGCUCAGCUGCACGGCCUUCUUCUCGCAGUACUUCCGCUGCUACAGCCCCGUUUCGUUUGGCCAGAAGUGGGACAAGCAUGGAGCCUUUGUGCGACGCUGGGUGCCGGAGCUCAAGAACCUGGAUGCAAAGUACAUCUACGAGCCGUGGAAGGCUCCGCUACCCGAUCAGAAAAAGGCCGGGGUCAGGGUGACCGGCCGCGGGGAGAAGCAAGAAAAGGGGAUCUACCCGAAGCCCAUGUUCGACUUCAACGAAAGAAGGACGGCGUGUUUGGCGGCGAUGAAGAAGGCGUACGAGGUCGGUCUGCACGGCAACGACGACAGGGUCCGGGACGGUAGCUGGCGCGAGCUGUUCGCGGGCCAGGAUACCGAGAUGAUGGACGAGUUUGAGAGCGACGACGGCGAGCGCGCAGAUCACACCGGGGACGACCGUCCGGGCGUCAAGGCGGAGCCCAAGGGAGACGAGAUUACGCCGGCCAAGCGAAGCGCCGACGAGGGCAGCGCCGAGCAGCAUGCCGACAAAAGGCAAAGGUCCUAG